UAUUUCCCAUGUACCUGAAUGCAGCAUCAGGAUCCUCCCAAACCAGAAGUAAACCAACCCGUGCGACAUUUUUACUUAUAAUCCGCGAGUUUCAACUGGAAGGCAAUGCUUUCUUACAUGUCCUGCCGCUUUUGCCACGGUGGUCAACCCAACCACUAGGAGUUAGGCAAAUAUAUCGCCUUACAGAUUUUAUCCAGGACAAAAAAAUGCCCAUGUAACCGUGAUUGAAACGCUUGCAUAACCAACACAGAGACGGUUUAGAACCUUUGACCAACACCAUCGCUGCUGGUGUGUUGGUGAACAAAUAUUAGCUGUCUUCAUUCAGGAAAGCAGUUGGGGUCAGGUAAACGUAACCAGCAUGCUGGCACCACAGGCGGAUCGGGUCAUGGCACUUGCAGAAUGGGAGGAACGCUGGCAGGAGGACAGAAUUGGUUUCCAUCAGCCUCAUGUACACCCGAUGCUGAAGAACAACAUUGAUAAAGUUCUUGCCGGACGGGCAGAAGUUCGCUUCUUCUUCCCUCUCUGUGGGAAAGCUGUAGAUAUGAAGUGGCUAGCAGACAUGGGCCAUUCAGUGGUCGGGGUGGAGAUAUCUGAAAAGGCUAUAAAACAGUUCUUUGAAGAGAACAACAUGACCUACAAUGAGGAGCCUGUCCCUGCCAUACCUGGAGCAAAGGUCUUCAAGUGCUCAGAGAGAAAUAUCUCCCUAUAUCAGUGUGACCUUUACAACUUCUCCAGUUCCAUUGAGAGCCAGUUUGGGGCAAUUUGGGACAGGGGAUCUCUAGUGGCCAUCAACCCGAGAGACAGAGAAAAGUAUGCUGCUCUCAUAAUUUCUCUCAUGGCCAAAGACUGCAGAUACCUUUUGGACACAUUGUUGUACAAUCCUGAAUUAUAUGAAGGUCCUCCAUUUUUAGUACCCAAUGAGCAAGUAAACAGCCUGUUUGGGAACAGCUGUGAUAUAGAACUGCUGUCAUCGCUGGAUGCCCUGACAGAAAGACAGCGAGGCUGGGGGCUGGACUACCUGACUGAAAACGUACACCUCAUCACGCCAAAGAGCAUUUAAAAACUAACUUGCAAGUUAAGAGAGCAUAGAAAAGCAGAUCUUGGGCAUUUUAUUGCAAACCCAUCUCAUAGGCAUUUCCUGUAAUGGUUAUACAUCUUUUUAAAGACAAUUCCAGUUUGAGGGGAAAUUAAGGUGCAUGGAAAUAAAAUAUGAACAGUUUUAAACUCAUGAUUCUGCAUUAGGCCUCUUAGAACUGUAAGAAAGUCUGGAAUCACUGACCAAAUAAAACUUAUUUUGUCACAA